CUAGUCCUUUCUUGUCCUAGAAAAUACGCAUUAUUCUCCUAACGCUUAUUCUUUUCAGCUCUCUGCCUCCGACAGAAAUAGUUUCAUCAGGCUCAUUUAAUUUACCUCAAAAUAAAACAAUUUUAUCUUGUUAUGGCUCUUUUGGUGUAUCUUGUGCUUUUCCUAGCCCUCACUGAUCAUUCAAGUGCUCUUUAUUGUUUAUGCAAAGAUGGUGUGAGUGAUCAAACCCUUCAGAAAGCAAUAGAUUAUGCUUGUGGAAGUGGAGCUGACUGUACCCCUAUUCUCCAAAAUGGAGCUUGUUACCAACCCAACACUGUGAAGGAUCACUGUAACUAUGCAGUUAAUAGCUAUUACCAGAGAAAGGGCAAUGCUCCGGGAACCUGUGAUUUUGCAGGUGCUGCCACAACCAAUGCAAAUCCACCUACUGCAUCAUCUGGAUGCGUCUACCCCUCAAGUCCUAGCAAUACAGGAACAACACCAUCUAUUGGUUCACCACCAGGCACAACACCAUCAACAGGUGGUACAACUCCAGGGACAAGUACAACACCCACCACAUUUGGAAUGAGUCCAACAUCUACAACUGGUAUCAACAAUGACAAUGGAGCUAAUUCAAAAGGCACCGACGAUACUAAGUUGCUAUUGCUCUUUUUUGUUGUAACCCUUUGGUUAGCAAUCAGGAUCUAGACUAAAAGGUACAGUGCCACCACUGGACUAGGAAAAAAACUCGUGCGGGGGUUUUCAUGUAAUUUUACUUCUGGGAAUCAUCCACAAACAAUUCAAGCAAAACCGUUUUUGUUUUUUGUUUUUCUUUCCUCUUCCUUGUGAAAAAAGAGUAGGGAAUUUGGUUUUCUUGUUUAGUGGUGAUAUAUUUUGAGUAUGAAUACUAAUGGGGGAUUUGGAGGAAGUAGAAUUUGAUUGAUCAUUUUCCUCUUGGCUUUUCUCCAUUUGUACAUCUAAGACUAUGACAGACACUAUUUUUUAAUUUAAUGAAAUCCGGCUACCCCAUAUAUAUACUCUUAUUUUAUUCA